AUGCAUCACAUUUACACUUUAAAACGCGCACCAUCUGGUUUGAAUGCGAGUAUUCUAUUAUAUACAGAAAAGAAUGUCUCUGUCUGUCUUCCAAAGCCAGGCUAUCCAAACCCCACUGUCUUUCUCCCCAAGCAAAGCCAGGAGGACCCAGGACUCAAACCUCUGCUGCAACUAAACGCAAACACACCACCCACCACCUCCAUGCCUCCCCGUGGCCGCUCAUCGUCGACUCCUCUUCUCUCCCCACCACUACUCAUCGUUCUCGUGCCGAUCAUCGCAUUUGCUUUCCUUUUCUUCGCAGUCCGUCCAUUUCUCUCUCUCACCUCCCAUGUUCUCCGACCCAACACGGUUAAGAAAAGCUGGGACUCGCUCAACAUCUUCCUCGUCCUCUUCGCUAUUCUUUGUGGAAUUUUCGCUAGAAAAAACGACGAUGGAUUACUCCCAGAAGAAACCGCCAAUGCUUCGAGUGCUUCAAACAAAACAAAUGAAGGAGAGGGAGAGCAAUCAACUUCGCAGCAAUGGUUUCGGUACUCCGAAACAAAGAUCUAUGACACUCCGAGUGGGGCACCGGCGACCGGUGUGACCCGGUUGAAGAGAAGCAGCAGCUCGUACCCGGAUCUGAGGCAAGAGUCGUUGUGGGAGACGGGUGAUGAUCGGUUCCAGUUCCGGUUCUUCGAUGAUUUCGAAAUCAACAAGUACCAGUCCCUUAGACACCGAAACGAACCGGAAGAGCCCGAGAAGAUAAUUCCGGUUGAUACCUUUGCACUUCGUUCUUCUCCUUCACAUCCACCACCACCACCGAAAUCGCCACCUCCGCCUCCGACGCCGCCGCAGGCGGUUCAUCAUUUACCGAAACGAACGUAUCGUACUGUUAGGCGCAACGACGACGACACCGAAUCGACGCAAACCAGGCCUCCUCCGCCACCUCCACCGAUACCGCCGCCAUCGCCGGCGAGAAUCCGUUCGGAGCAGAAGCACGGGAAGAGCGAGCGUAGUAAGAGCAGUUUCAAGAAAGAGCUAGCAAUGGCCUGGAAUUCGCUGUACAAACAGAGAAAGCGAAAGAGGAACAAGAUCAAGACAAACGUCUUCGAUGAACAGGUUCAGUCUCCAGCUGAACCGGUUCGCCAUACCAGACCGCCACCGCCGCCACCUCCUCCACCGUCCGUUUUCCAUAGUCUGUUCAGAAAGGGAAGCAAAAGAAAGAAAGUUCACUCGGUCUCUACGCCACCGCCCCCGCCGCCUCCUCCACCGCCGGUUAGAUCUUCAAGAUCGUCAGAGCGAAAGAUUCCUGCUCCACCUCCACCGCCUGAACAUUCACGUCGGCGAGGUUCGAGCUAUAGCACCGCCGGCCGGCCACCGUUGCCGACAAGGGAGAACACCUGGGAGGAGAAUGUGAACGGCGUCGGGGGACGGAUUCCGGUGAUACCAAUGCCGCCUCUGCCUCCGCCUCCGCCUUUUAAGAUGCCGGAGAUGAGGUUCGUUGCGCCCGAGGGUUCUUUUAGGGUGCGGAGCGCUCAGAGCUCUCGCUGUGGGUCCCCUGAGCUGGGGGACGCUGACGCGAAUAAGGAGUCGUUGGAUGAGACGGUCAACGCGAUGGACGGUGCAGGGUCGGUUUUCUGCCCGAGCCCAGAUGUGAAUGUUAAGGCCGAAACGUUCAUCGCUAGGCUCCGCGAUGGUUGGAGGCUCGAGAAGAUGAAUUCCUACAGAGAGAAAGAAAAGAUGGGCCUCAGUCCUGGCCCUGGCCAAUAGGCACUUAUGGGCUCAGGCCCAAUUUAAUUUUCCACACACAUUAUAGCAUAUAUCAUUUAGAGAGUAUAUAUUGAUUGGUACACAGGAAAGAUUUGAAGAGAUGGAGCUCCGAUUGUGUUUUUUUAUCACCUUUUGGAGUCCCGGAAUGAAGAUAAAAUGUGGGUUUGAAUUGAUAUUUGCAUGGAUUUAUUUUAUUAAACUGUAAUGUAUAGGUAGGAUUUGGCUUAGGUGGACUCGUUGAGAUUGGGACACGUGUCCCAAUAGUUAUUGGGCUCUGAUUGUGUUUUUUGAUUUCAGGCUCGAAUUUUUUUUGUGGUUUUAUAGUGAGCAUGCUGCACUAUUUAACAUGUAUGCCCAUAUCAUUGGCUUUUGGCUCUGGUUGUAAUGUUUUUUUUUGUCUUUACCUCCUAGAGCCUUACUUUUAAGAGUGUAUCAGUGUAUGGAUUCAAGUUUGUAUU